AUGAUUGGCGGCCUUUUUGUUUACAACCAUAAAGGUGAGGUAUUGAUAUCAAGGAUUUAUCGGGACGAUGUCAGCCGAAACGCUGUUGACGCCUUCCGUGUUAACGUUAUUCAUGCUAGACAGCAGGUUCGUAGUCCCGUCACGAAUAUGGCUAGAACUUCUUUCUUCCACAUAAAGAGAGGAAACGUUUGGAUCUGCGCAGUGACUAUACAAAAUGUCAACGCUGCAAUGGUAUUUGAAUUUCUUAGCAGGUUUGCCGAAACGAUGCAGUCUUAUUUCGGAAAGUUGAAUGAAGAGAACGUAAAAAAUAACUUUGUACUUAUUUAUGAAAUUUUAGACGAAAUUCUUGAUUUUGGCUAUCCACAAAAUACUGAUCCAGGGAUUUUAAAAACUUUCAUAACUCAGCAGGGCGUAAGAACGGCGACCAAAGAGGAACAAUCUCAAAUUACUUCCCAAGUCACUGGUCAAAUCGGUUGGCGCCGUGAGGGUAUCAAAUAUAGGAGGAAUGAACUCUUUUUAGAUGUUAUAGAAUACGUCAACCUGCUAAUGUCUCAACAAGGACAAGUGCUGUCCGCUCAUGUUGCUGGGAAAGUUGCAAUGAAGUCGUAUCUCUCCGGAAUGCCCGAAUGUAAAUUUGGUAUCAAUGACAAAUUGACUAUUGAGAGUAAAGGUCGAUCUGGCGUAGAUGAUCCUACCAAAAACAACCGAACGUCCGUUGCCAUCGAUGACUGCCAGUUCCACCAGUGUGUCAAGCUUACAAAAUUCGAUACCGAGCAUGCUAUCAGCUUUAUUCCUCCUGAUGGCGAAUAUGAACUAAUGCGUUAUCGAACUACAAAGGACAUUCAAUUACCUUUUCGCGUUAUACCUUUGGUUCGUGAAACAUCAAGAAAUAAGAUGGAGGUCAAGGUUGUUGUUAAAUCUAAUUUCAAACCAUCAUUACUUGCACAGAAGGUUGAAGUUCGUAUCCCAACUCCACCGAAUACGAGUGGCGUACAGCUUAUUUGCAUGAAAGGAAAGGCUAAAUAUAAGGCAGGAGAAAAUGCAAUUGUUUGGAAGAUAAGACGAAUGGGAGGUAUGAAAGAGUCCCAGAUUUCUGCGGAAAUUGACCUCUUGUGCACGGGAGCUGCAGAAAAAAAGAAGUGGAAUCGCCCACCUGUAUCAAUGAAUUUUGAGGUUCCAUUUGCUCCGUCAGGAUUGAAAGUACGGUACUUGAAAGUAUUUGAGCCAAAGUUGAAUUAUUCUGAUCAUGAUGUAAUCAAGUGGGUGCGAUAUAUCGGACGUUCUGGUUUGUAUGAGACAAGGUGCUAA